ACAGCAGUAUGGUGAACCGCACAAAGACAGAGACUGAGACCUGAUCAAACAUCAGCACAGCUUCGCUGACGCAGCCCAUUCAUUGGCUCGGACGCCAAAACCUUUGCCGUUAAAUAGCCCGCGCCGCUCGCCUUAUCUGUGGCAGCCAGCUCCAAGCUAGCUUUGCUUUAGCCUCGGUCUUCGCCAUUCUUAAUCCAGUGCUCCCCACCACGCCAAUGGAGGCUCCGCUCCUCCUACCAAUCUCCACCGCCUCAUCCUGCAUCGAGAUCGCCGAGGGCGCCGUGCCAUCGGGCCCUCGUGCUCGCUCGUCCUCGUCCAUGCCUUCGGCCCAGAGCUUCGUCCUCCGCGUGGUGACCGUGGUCGCCGUGGCGUGCGCGUCCCUGUUCGCGCAGCACGAGGCCGGCAAAGGCUUCGCCGUGUCCGUCGCGAACGACCUGCCGCGGGGCAGCGCCGCGGCGCGGCGCUUCGACCUCCUCCUGGUGUCCAACGGCCGCGCCGAGCGCGCGCUCCUGCGCGCCAGCCGCGCCGUGGAGCGCGCGCUGUUCCCGGACCCGUCGUUCCCGCGCAGGCAGGUCCGCCGCGUCACCGUCCGGAUGGCUGCGCGCAACCUCACCGGCGCCGCGGUGCACUCCGCGGCGCCCGGGGAGUACGUGGUCUCGCUGGGCCCCGGCCUCGCGUCCUCCGCGCCCGCCGCCGAGGCCGCGCUGCGCCGCGCCAUCGCGCGCGUGUGGCUCUGGGACGGCCGCGGCGCCGCCCCGGCGCGCGUCACCGAGUCCAUGGUUGACUACCUCGCCUCCGCCGCGGCCGAGGUCGAGGUCGAGGUCGAGGCGCCUCCAUCGGCUGCCGGGUGCGGCAUGUCGGCGCGGCUCCUGAGGCUUCUGGAGGCGCGGCGCGAGGGCUUCGUGGCAAGGCUGAACCGGGCGAUGAGGGACCGGUGGAGCGACGCCGCUGUGGACGCGGCGCUCGGCGCGCCGGCCCGGCUCGCCUGCCACGACCAGAAGAAGGGAGCGACGGCGCUGACCGGCCGCGGCACCACCACCUCUCCACGUCGGACGCCGGACGCCGCUCGUGGGUCCAGCGUGGCAACGUGAGGCUGGAAGCGAAGGGCAGUUCUGGUAUUGGUGUCUUAGAUUGAAAUUAAAACUGGUCCCGCGGGUGGUAGGCGUGGGCCAUGGCCGCGGCCCUAAUGGUGGCUGGAGGUGAGUGAGUGGUCGUUGUCAUGCAUGUAAAAAUGGUAGAUGGCUGGGACUGGGAGGAUGAGGGCCCCCCGGUGGCUUCAUCAUUUGGCUUGAGCAUGAGAGCAUCCAUCCAGAUCCAUAGUGGAUUGUAAAUGACAGGUAGUGCUAUAAAAAUAUGGUUCCAUUCCAUGCCAUAGCAAACGCGAUGUGAGAAAUAGAUUUUUUGUUUUA